GCUCAGGCCCGGCAGCAGGAAGUGACUCGCAGCCGCUGCGGGGACUCUGGCUCCAGGCUCCUGGCGAGAUCCCCGAGCCCCGGCGGCUGGUGCUGGGAGCCCGGAGCCCGGGCUGCAGCCGGGAGAGGGGAAUCUCCAGCAGGGCCCUUCCCGCUGCUCCAGGAGCCUCUCCCAGGGCAGAGCCCCCAGCCCGGCCAGGCCCCUUCCCGGCCCGGCCCCUGCCCCAGGGGGCCCCGCUCGGAGGGAAGGCUGAGGAAUCACGUCCACGUUUCACUCCAGAUCGUCCCGUCUUCCAGGAGACAGGGCAGGGAAAUGGCUGUGAUGGAGCCAUCUCAGAUGCCGGUGACCUUCGAGGAUGUGGCUGUGUAUUUCACCCAGGGGCAGGGGGCUCUGCUGGACCCCGCUCAGAGAGCCCUCUACAGGGACGUCAUGCAGGAGAACUACGAGACGGUGACCUCGCUGGGAUUCCCCAUUCCGAAACCUGACCUGAUCACCCAGCUGGAACAAGGGAAACAGCCGUGGGUGCCCGAUCUCCAGGCCUGUGAGGGAAGAGAGAUCCCAAGAGGCGCCCACACAGCAGGUGAUGAGAGAGAGAGUGAGAAUAAGGAUGGGAAUCAACAGCAGGAAGUUUCUGGGCAUGGGGAACCACAGGGGACCUUUGUGGGAAGAGCUGAAGAGAAAUUUUUCCAGUGCUUGGAACAGGGAGAAGCCUGGGGAAAUUGGCAGAGGUCAAAGAGUCUGCUGGGAAACAACUCAAGGGAGCAAAUGGAUGAAUUUGUUAUAUAUGGAAAAGGACACAGGAAUACCACAGCCAGGAAGACAACCCCCAAGGAAGACAAACGCUAUGAAUACCUCGGUUCUGUUACGCUUCAGGCAAUAAAUACUGGAGAGAAAACACUUCAAUGGUUGGACUGUGGGGAAAACUUCCAUAAAUGCUCAGAUCUUGCUAACCAUGGGAGAAGCCACCUGGGGAAGAGACCCUCUCGCUAUCUGGAGGGCAGGAAUUGUUUGAUUUGGAAGUCAGCGCUGAUUACACAUCAGAAAAUCCACACAGGCGACAGACCACAUAAGUGCUUAGACUGUGGGAAAAGUUUCACCUGGAGAUCAGCCCUUGUUAGACAUCAGGCAAUCCACACCGGAGAGAGACCCCAUAAGUGCUUGGAGUGUGGGAAAAGUUUCAUACGCAGGUCAGCCCUUGUUAAUCAUCAGGCAGUGCACGCCAGAGAGAGACCCCACAAGUGCUUAGACUGUGGAAAAAGUUUCCUGCAGAGAUCACAACUUCUUAUACAUCAGAGAAUACACACCGGAGAGAUACCCCAUAAGUGCUUGGACUGUGGGAAAAGUUUCCUAUGGAGGUCAGCCCUUAUUAAUCAUCAGGCAGUGCACACAGGAGAGAGACCCCACAAGUGCUUAGACUGUGGAAAAAGUUUCACAUGGAGAUCAGCCUUUGUUAGACAUCUGGCAAUCCACACCGGAGAGAGACCCCAUAAGUGCUUAGACUGUGGGAAAAGUUUCAUACGGAGGUCAGCCCUUGUUAAUCAUCAGGCAGUGCACGCCAGAGAGGGACCCCACAAUUGCUUAGACUGUGGGAAAAGUUUCAGAUGGAGGUCAGUGUUUGUUAAACAUCAAGCAGUCCAUAAAACAGGGAGACCAUAAGACCCUGGGAAAGGUUUCAGAAACAGAUCAGCCCUUCUAAACAUCAGGCAAUCCACGCACGAGAGGCACCCCCACAAGUGCAUAAACUAUAGAAAAAUGUUUCAAAUAGAUGUCAUCCCUUGUUAUACAUCAGAGAAUCCACACAGAGGAGUGACCCCAUAACUGUUUAGCCUGUGAAAGGUGUUUUAAAUGGAGGUCAAAACUUAUUUCAAAUCAGGCAAUCCACACAGGAGAGUGACCCCAUAAGUGUUUGGACCAUGUGAAAAGUUUCACAGAAAGAUCAAAUCUUUUAACACUCAGAGGAUCCACACAGGGGAGAGACCCCAUCAGAGUUCAGACUGGAAAAAGUUUCCUACAUGGGUCAGACUUUGUUAAAAAUCAGCUAAUCCACACAGGAGAGAUCCCAUAAGUGCUUAGGUGUGGGGGAAAUUUUAUAUGGAGUUCAGGCCAUGUUUUACAUCAGAGAAUCCACACAGGAGACCCCAUAAGUCCUUAGACUAUGGAGAAUGUUUCAUACCCUGAUCAAGUACUUGGACCUUGGGAAAGGUUUCAGAAGCACCUCAGCCCUACAGAACAUCAGGCAAUCCACACAGGAGAGAGAUCCCAUAACUGUUUAGACUGUGGAAAAAGUUUCAUAUGCAGGUCAGACCUUGCUAAAAAUCAGGCAGUCCACACAGGAGCGAGCCCCCAGAAGUGCUUGGACUGUGGGAAAAGUUUCAUACAGCGGUCAGACAUUGUUAAACAUCAGGCAAUCCACACCAAAGAGAGACCCCAUAAGCACUUAAACUAUGGAAAACAUAGCAGAAACUGAUCAGCCCUUGUUUUACAUCAGAGAAUCCACAAGACUGCAUAAGUGCUUGGACUGUGGCGAAAGUUAUACACAGAGAUCACACCUCAUUAAACAUUGGAGAAUUCACACACGAUCUAAACUUCUGUGGCACCUGGCUCGAAAGAGUUAAGAACCUUGCAUGCUCAUUGACCAGCUCCAAUCUUUUGAAACGUGUUAGAAAUGUGUGUAAAUGUAUUUGGGGCCAUUUCAAGAAACAGAGCCUAGAACUUUGAAAUGUAAACUGGUGUUGUUAAAAAAUUGGAAGAAGAUAGUAGCGCUGUUGAUUAAUUGCAUUUAAGUCGCGUGAUUAACUCAAAAGAAUUCAUUGUGAUUAGAAAAAUUAAUCUCGAUGAAUCACAUUGUUAAACAAUAGAAUACCAAUUGGAAUUUGUUAAAUGGUUUCUGGAUGUUUUUCUACGUUUUCUUAUAUAUUGAUUUCCAUCACAACAAAGAAGAGAGAGUGUACAGGGCUCACUUUAUAUUAUUUUUUAUUACAAAUAUUUGUACUGUAAACAUGCAAAACAGAAGUAGUAUUUUUCAGUUCACCUCAUACAGGUACUGUAAUGCAAUCUCUUUAUCAGGAAAGUGUAACUUAGAAACAUUGAUUAUUUUAAUGAUAUAAGUGCACUCAAAAAUAAAGCAAUUAAAAACCCUAUAGCCUAGAAGUCAACUCAGUGCUACUUCUUUCUCUGCCACUCGCUAGGACAAACAAGUUCGUUUACAUUUACGAGAGAGAAUGCUGCUUUGUUUCUAAUUUAUGAUGUCAUCCGAAAGUGUGAGAAGGUGUUUGCACGGCACGUUUGUAGCUGGCAAUACAAGGUAUUUAUGUGCAAGAUAUGCUAAACAUGCAUAUGUCCCUUCGUGCUUCGGCCACCAUUCCAGUGGACAUGCUUCCAUGCUGACAAUGGUCAUUUUUAAAAAAAUGCAUUAAUUCAAUUUGCGACUGAACUCCUUGAAGGAGAAUUGUAUGUCCCCUGUUCCGUUUUACAAACCUUCUGCUGGUGGCAUCUGACUCAGUUGAUGAAAAUGAACACGUGUCGGUCUGCUCUGCUUUGGAUGUUAUCGAUUAGAACCCGUCAUUAGCAUGGAGGCGUGUCCUCUGGAAUGGUGGUUGAAGCAGGAAGGGACCUAUGACUUUUUAGAGCAUCAGGCACAUAAAUAUCUUGUGACGCCGGCUGCAGUAGUGCAAUGAGGAUGCCUGUUCUCACGUUCAGGUGACAUUGUGAACAAGAAGCGGGCAGCAUUAUCUCCUGCAAAUAGUUAUCAAACUUGUUUUUCUGAGUGAUUGGCUGAACAAGAAGUAGGACUGAGUGGAGUUGUAGGCUCUAAAGUUUUACAUUGUUUUAUUUUUGAAUGCAGGUUUUUUUGUACAAAAUUCUACAUUAGUAAGUUCAACUUUCAUGAUAAAGAGAUUGGACUAAAGUAAUUACAGUUGGUGAUUUGAAAAAUACAAUUUCUUUUGUUUUUUACAGUGCAAGUAUUUGUAAUAAAAAUAUCAAGUGCUCACUGUACACUUUGUAUUGUGUAAAAAGAACAAGGAGUCCUUGUGGCACCUUAGAGACUGACAAAUUUAUUUGGGUAUAAGCUUUCGUGGGCUAUAACCGACUUCAUCAGAUGCAUGGAGUGUAUUCUGUGUUGCAAUUGAAAUUAGUAUGUUUGGAAAUAUCUAAAACAUCCAAAAUAUUUAAAGAAAUGGUUUUCUAUUAUUGUUUAACAGGGCGAUCAAUCACGAUUCAUUUUUUUAAUCGCUUGACAGCCCUAGAAUAUAGUAAUUGUAGUAGUCUCUGUUUACCUAUAUCUUGUUAUAGAUUAACGGUGUAACCAAAGGGUACCUGUCUAGGACUGUAUUUUGUUAAUUCAGAAGUCAAAAGGAAAUAUUAACAUUUAAAUGAUACUUGCGUGUAAUAAUGUCCUUAUGUAUAUAUCUUUUUAAAGUUUGUGGUAAACUGUCUAUGAACAGCUUUAUGGAUAAUUACCGUAUGUUAAUCCAUGUUGUUUUAUUACCUGUGAUGCUUGGGAAAUAGGAGUGUAUUUCCAAAACCUAUUGUUCCCCCAAGGACUGCCUGCUGUCGAGAGGCUGCAAAAAUGUCUAUAUAAACUCUUGGGACCUGAUCCUUUCAUCUCAGAUCUUCUUAAGCUUUAUUCGUGGGGAGUUUGAAUUGUAAGACGGAGAUCUCCAGUCCUCUCUGGGCUGCCCUGAUAUUGAACAUUGGACUAGAGCAUGAUGAAAUUGUUAGGAUAUGUAGGAAUGCAUAGCUCCCGAAUCGCCAGCCCACGGCCGCGGCAAACUGCUCCCAUGGCAACGAGGCAGGAGUGACCUUCAAUCCAGCGUUUGUGUUUGGGAAACUUAUUUGGCUGAUUUGAUUGUUUCCUCGCAGCUGGCAUUCACGCGCUCAAGAGAUGGGUUUGUUAUCUUAUGUGCAUUUAUACUGCCUGGCUUUUCUAUGCGCAGGAAUGUAACCACUAAGAAGUGUUGUAAACAAAGUAAGGAGAGAAAUAAAAACCCCAGGAAAAGUUUUCCUGGAGGCUUUUUGCUUGAGGCUUUUGAAGCUCUCUAGCUACCAGAAACCUGGUGUUCUAUUUCUUUUCCUGUGUCGUCAUCACAAGGAUAUAGAUAUUCAAGCCUGUCUGUAAAGGCCUAUACUUUAAAAAUGUAGGUCUGUGUUUAUUAUUUAGCUGGUUAUAGAGGUAUAAAAGAAUCUGUGUAAGGCCUUCUCACUGUGACAGUCUGAGGCCUGUUCUUAGGCUAAGGCCUUUGGCCAAGCAGCAGAGGCAGUCAUAAUCUGGGAAGCGAACGGUCACAUCCUCACAUUCCAAACUAGUUGAAAUAAGGCAAUCUGGGGCUGUUAGAUCGGAUCAACUUCCUGUCACCUCCAGAGAAAGGGAAGAGCCUAGAAGAUGUAAAAGGAAAUUUAGUUUGAUAGUUUUCUGUCUGGUAAGAACUCACUUAGCAAUCGACACAGCUGGGAAACCCUAAUGUCUUUAUAGAUGUCGUUGUGAAAACCUCACUUCUGUCUUGUUUUGUCAUUCUAGUUACCACUUUGCUGUGUUUAUUUGCAUGGUCUCUGUCUGGUUCUGUGAUUGUUUCUGUCUGCUGUAUAAUUAAUUUGGCUGGGUGUAAACUAAUAAAGAUGGUGGGAUAUAAUUGGUUAGCUAAUCAUGUUACAAUCAGGAUUGGUUAAGUCAAAUUUAGGAGACUGAUUGGUUAAAGUAUAGCUAAGAAUAUUAUAUAUAAAUUAGGGGCAUACAGGAAGUAAGUUCGGAUUUGAAAAUAAGGAAAAGGAACUUGGGUUUAAGCUUGCUGGAAGGUCACCCUAAUAAACGUUGACUUAUUUGCACCUCCGGA